AUGGAGCGCUGGGCCGAGGCGGCGGCAGCGGACAGCGGCGCUUCAGUGGCUCGCUCAGCCGGCCCUCCCGCUCCUGUGCGCUGCUCCUCCAGGCCAGCGUGCGCGGUCACCAUGGCGUCCAGUGAGGAGGACGGCACCAACGGUGCCUCCGAGGCCGGCGACGAGAAGGAAGCCCCGGGCAAGCGGAGACGUCUAGGCUUCCUGGCCACCGCCUGGCUCACCUUCUACAAUAUCGCCAUGACCGCCGGGUGGUUGGUUCUAGCUAUUGCUAUGGUACGCUUUUAUAUGGAAAAAGGAACACACAGAGGUUUAUAUAAAAGCAUUCAGAAGACACUUAAAUUUUUCCAAACAUUUGCUUUGCUUGAGGUAGUCCACUGUCUGAUUGGAAUUGUACCCACUUCUGUGCUUGUGACAGGGGUCCAAGUGAGUUCAAGAAUCUUCAUGGUAUGGCUCAUCACUCACAGCAUAAAACCCAUCCAGAACGAAGAGAGCGUGGUGCUUUUUCUGGUCUCCUGGACUGUGACAGAGAUCACUCGCUAUUCCUUCUACACAUUCAGUCUUCUCGACCACUUGCCGCACUUCAUUAAAUGGGCCAGAUAUAAUUUUUUUAUCAUCUUAUAUCCUGUUGGAGUUGCUGGGGAACUUCUCACAAUAUAUGCUGCCUUGCCUUACGUGAAGAAGUCAGGAAUGUUUUCAGUAAGGCUUCCUAACAAAUACAAUGUCUCUUUUGACUACUACUAUUUUCUGCUCAUAACCAUGGCCUCAUAUAUACCGUUGUUUCCUCAGCUCUAUUUUCAUAUGUUACGUCAAAGAAGAAAGGUGCUUCAUGGCGAGGUGAUUGUAGAAAAGGAUGAUUGAACGAUCCCUACAGACAAGGUGCUUUUUUCAGAAAAACCGGAUUACUUGAGUCCAACUUUUAAUAACAAGAAUAAAGAACUUCAUGAAUACCAUGGAUCGUAUUGUUUCUUGAAAUAUAAGGAAAAACAUGUUUUCCAGUCUUUGUCUUCCUAUUGUGCUGCAUCUGUUUUUGACGACAACAACAAUGGCAAAUAUUUGAAACUGGUGGGGGAGUGGGGAAUGUGAAUCAUAUAGAAAACAACUGGAUAUAUUACCUGAGAAAAGGAACUUUUUGUGACCUUUACUAAUAUAUUUUACAACAUAUGCUCAAGGCUUUUAAAAUCAAUAGGUAGAAAUUGGUUUCAUUUAACAUGAUACUUACCAGUGACAUUUAUGUUUUACUUGUAAAUGAAAGCCAACACAAAAUUGUAACAAGUGAUUAAUAAUGUAUUAGAACCCCCUGAUCCAUUGUUUCAAAUUGUCGGGCAACAUUUAAGAUUAAUAGCAAUAUCUAGAAGUGUGCACAUAAUUUUCUAUGGUAACCUUUCGAUGUAAAGUAGAAACAUAAAAAUAUCCCAGUAAAUGCCACAGUUGGGAAACAUUUUCUUUUCUUUGGGGGAAGCACUGGGCUUGCUGGAGACACAGCCGAGGCUCUUGUGCAUGCCAGGUGAGUGCUCUAUGCACCUAGUGGCAUCCUCGGCUCCAGAAAAUAUUCUUGGAAGAUUUUUCUAGACUGUUGACAUUGUUUACUGAGCAAACUAACUUUUAUUUGCAUUAGUCACUCAAGGACAGCUUUCUCAAUCAUAAGGACUUUAAGAGAUUAGAAAAACUGCAGCUAUUUACUUUGCCUACUGUUUAAUGGACAUGUCUGAUCAUAUUGUUUCCAAUUUUUGGUUGAGAAAGCUGCUCUGACCCACAGAAUUACCAUAUAAAACCAUGGUGUGAUAAUCCUGUGUGGUACUUUAUAACUAAGGAUUUCUAGCUGUCAUCUGAAACAUUCAUUUUAUUCUGAAUUACACUGAGGAGCAAAAGUCUCAUGAUAAAGCCCCUGACCCCCAUGUUUAAUAGAAAGACGUACGGAGCAUGCUUCAUUUCUGCUUUCAUUAAAUAGGGUCUUUAAAGGUUUCCCUCCUAUGGUAAAGUAUACUAAUUUACUGGUUGACUUUAGAACUAAUGUAGAUGUGAUAAGAAAAGGAACCUUUUGCCUACCGAAGCUACGUAGAUACAAUUGUCGCUCUUAGUGUUCUGUCUUGUGUGUAUUUGUGGUCAACAUCUAACGCACUCUAUUCAGAUUGGCUUGUUUGUGUGGAACCGGCUCCUAUACCAAGUCUUCCUAUAGUGGUUUGGAGUUUAGAACAGUUUUGCAGAUUUGUUAUCGAUGACUUAAUUUUUUCAAGGGUGCUAUUUUUGUUACAUUGCAUUUUAUGUUUCCUCAGCUGCUGAACGUUUGAGUGAGCACUGUGUAUUAAGUCACCAAGUCUCAAAUGCUCCUCAUCAUUCUGCUCUGACACUGCUUGGUCAGUUUUCAUCUUGAACUUUUAUGAUGAAGAAUGUUCUGGGAACUUCCCCACCUUGGGUGACAUAGUGUGAGACAUUCACAUUCAUUAAAUGCCUGUCUUAUGAAAAUACCUUCAAACAUAUUUCUAAAGCAUGCAUUCGUUCAAUCUUCACUUUCUCCAAGAAGCUGCAAUACUUCCCCACUUCCAGUUAUAGACUAUCCUGAAAUAGGAAUGAUAAUCAACUUUAAUAAAAAUGAAUUCUUAA